AUGCCGCCUUUCUCCUCGUCGCUAGUCCGCUGCCUCGCGCGGCCUUCUGCGCCCCGAAUCGUGCGCGCAGCUCUCCCGGAAUGCAUUCCGACGUCGAAGCGACUUUGCCAUGCGCCGCGAACGUCAACGUCGACCGUCCUUCGUCCCUCCCCCUUUCUGUCCAGGUCGCGCCUGCCUCAGACACCUGUCCGCUACGAGUCGACACCGUCCAACAACGCGCCAGGCACAACGACUACUGCGCCAGAGUCACGGCUGGACCGCGACCAAGUGCCCGCCUACGAGCUCACAUUCACCUGCAAAGCCUGCAGCACACGCUCGUCGCAUCGCAUCUCCAAGCAGGGCUAUCACCAUGGAACGGUCCUGAUAUCGUGUCCAGGCUGCAAGAAUCGCCAUUUGAUCAGCGACCACAUGAAGAUCUUUUCCGACAAAUCUAUCACAUUGGAGGACCUCAUGCGCGACAAGGGCAACCUUGUGAAGCGCGGCACUCUGAGUGCUGAAGGAGAUGUUGAAUUCUGGGACGACGGUUCAUCCUCGCCGCGCUCAUCGCAUUUCCACCCCAACUCCAAUACCAAAGGCGACGCUGAUGCCCCUGAAGGCACCUUGACCGAGCCGCCUGCUUCCUCGAAGAAGGAGCAGUAG